UGAAUAAAAACUCUCGUUUACUUGCUGCAAAGCGGUUGUGUGACUCGCGAUACCGCCUUUUCUGUGUGCUUGAAAACUGAAAAAAAUUUAUCUAUCUUAUUUUUUUCUAAUUUCCUAUCCCAUAAAUAAAAAUUCUUUGCAAUUUCUCAUUUUUUUUGGAGAAUCAUAAAGAGUGGAAGAAUUCUAAUUCGAAUUCAAUUUAUCGGCAUUCGACUUGGCAGUGUGCAAAACACAACAAAAAAGUAUAGUGAACAAGUGCAAAAAAUCUAAAUCCAAUAAGAAAAACAACAAAAACAAGAAAAAAGCCGCUGACAUGGGAUUGUUGAGCGAAGGAAGUCCCCUAUCGUGGGAGGAAACAAAAAAACUAGCCAGCCAUGUGAGGCAACAUGGCAUUGAGCAAUUUAUAAAUUUAUACCACAGAUUAAAGGAUCGCCAAGGAGACAUUUUGAAAUGGGGAGAUGAGGUUGAAUACAUAAUUGUAAAAUUUGAUGAACAAAACAAAGUGGCCAGAGUCUCCCUAAGAUCUCAAGAACUCCUCGAGAUUCUAAAUGAAAAAGAACUUGCCGAUCCAAAUGGUGUAAAAUCACUAUGGCGACCUGAAUAUGGAGCUUAUAUGAUUGAAGGUACUCCUGGCAAACCAUUUGGUGGUUUAUUGGCUCACUUUAAUCUUGUCGAGGCUAAUAUGAAAAAUCGUCGUGAAGAAGUUACUGAAUUACUUAAACCCGAUGAAUGUGUUAUGUCGAUUACAAAUUUUCCUCGCCUUGGUUGUCCAUCGUUUACAGAUCCUAUUUUUAAGCCAAAUCCUGAUAAUGUUAAAGGUGCGGCUAGAUCUUUAUACUUUCCAGAUGAGGCUAUAUUUCCGGGACAUCCUCGGUUUAAGACGCUAACACGAAAUAUUCGUAUGCGUCGUGGAGAGAAGGUAGAUAUUAGGUUAAAAGUAUUCAAGGAUGAGAGCACAAAAAUUCCAGUUCCUGGUAGUCCAGCUGAUGAACCAGAUGUAGUACAUUUGGAUGCAAUGGGCUUUGGUAUGGGUUGUUGUUGUUUGCAAGUUACUUUCCAAGCUUGUAAUAUUGUAGAAGCAAGAACUUUAUACGACCAAUUGACACCAUUGUGUCCGAUAAUGCUGGCCCUAACUGCCGCUUCACCAAUAUAUCGAGGCUAUCUGACAGAAUCUGAUUGUCGUUGGAAUGUUAUAAGUGCGUCGGUUGAUUGUCGUACCGACGAAGAACGCGGUUUGAAGCCUUUGAAGGAUAAUAAAUUUAGAAUUCUAAAGUCGAGAUAUGAUUCCAUUGAUUCGUUCCUAUCGCCAGAAGGUGAAAGAUACAACGAUGUGCCUUUAGUUUAUGAUGAAGCUGACUACCAACGCUUGCGUAAAGGAGGAAUUGAUCAUCUAUUAGCACAACACAUUGCCCAUCUAUUCAUUCGUGAUACAGUAUCUUUGUUUAGUGAGAAAGUCGAUCAGAAUGACGAAGAAGAUACAGAUCAUUUUGAGAAUAUUCAAUCGACCAAUUGGCAAACAAUGCGUUUCAAGCCACCACCACCUAACUCACCGAUUGGUUGGCGUGUUGAAUUCCGACCAUGUGAGGCUCAAAUGACGGAUUUUGAAAAUGCUGCUUUUGUGUGCUUUGUUGUUCUUCUAACUCGUGUCAUUCUAUCCUAUCAAUUGGAUUUUCUAAUACCAAUUAGUAAAGUUGAUGAAAAUAUGCAAACAGCUCAAAAACGUGAUGCCUGCCGAAAGGAGAAAUUCUGGUUUAGAAAAUCAAUUCAGAAGACCAAACCAUGUGGGGAACAAGUUAAUGGAAAUGGUUGCUGUCCAGAUGAAUAUGAUCGAUUGUCGAUUGAUGAAAUUAUUAAUGGAAAGACAGAUGGAUUUCCAGGACUCAUUCCACUUAUUAGAAGUUACUUACAAUCAAUGGAAGUCGAUGCUGAUACCCAUUGUACAAUUGAGCAGUACUUACGUUUAAUACAAAAACGAGCAUCUGGAGAAUUUACAACAACUGCCACAUGGAUGAGAGAAGAAGUUCUUAAUCAUCCAGAGUACAAAAAAGAUUCUAUUGUCAGUGAUCGGAUCAACUUUGAUCUAAUGAUGAAGAUUAAACAAAUACAAGAAGGAAAACUUCUAGUGCCAUCGCUGCUUGGCCAGGGUAAUAAUUCCAAAACGAAAGAUACCAUUCCACAGGCAUUGCAAAAGCAUUUAGCCAAGGGUAGUUGUAAUAAAUGACCAGCGACGCAAUCAUCAUCAUCAUUUACAACAACACUUCUUCAUCACCAUUGUAAUACCAAAAUUUUUACAACACAAGAAGCACUUUCAACUUAAAAUUAAAAUAAUAUUAAUAUUUCAAAUAAAUAUGAAUAUUUACAUACAAAUAAAAAAUGCUCUACAGAAACUGAGCGCUAGUUGUGCAUUUACAGAGAUUCGUCAAAGCGUGUGUAAAAAUGAUAGAAGAUGGGUAUGAAAUUCUGUAAAACAGAAUUUGAACAAAUAAUACGGUGCAUUAGAUGAUUUAUAGUAACGCGGUUUUGUAUUUAAUUGAUUCGAGAGUCGGUUUAUAAGAUUACAUACAUAAAUAUAUAUAUAUUUCACAUUUUAUGUUAAAACAAAGAAAUAAACAAAAUAAUAUAGCUUAAAGCUGAUGUUGUUCACAAA